GGAUAGAUCUCGAGAGCCUCACAGUAACACACAGUGACACAUACUUUCUGAGGCUAACAAGGGUUUCCUAAAUGGGGGCGGGGACGAGGAAGAAGGUUCAGAGGAGGUUCAAGAUCAGAGGCUAUACUCUGAAAGUCGAUUCUCUCGAAGAGGUACUCUCCUUCCUCAGCCACUUCGAAGACGCCGAAGAUGAAGCUCUCGAUCUUCUCCUCGACGAAAUCGAGAAGGAAUCCCUUAAAUCGUCCAUACUCGACAAGGAUUCUGUGCAUCGGGUCGUCAGCCUUUUAUUGGAAGCCGAUGCUGCGGUUGAGGUGAAUCCUAGCACCAGCAAUCGAUCUGCUCUUCGCAUAAUUGAUGCCUUCGUAAUCCCAAAAUUUUGCUAUGAUCCCAUCAAAAAAAUAUUCUAUGAGCAUGCAGGGAAGCUCCCGAUCCAUGGAGAUGCUUCUGCUAAAGCUGCUUUAUACAGGAAUAGGUAUCAGUUGCUGCUUCAGAGGAUUUCCCGGCACCAGCAUUUUUCAAAACCUGCAUUUGAUAUGGAAAUGAUGGAAUCUGGAGGCUGCGAGAUAUCUCCAGUUCAAUCCCUGAUUGGGCAUAUGGGGAGGAAAUGGAUAAUGGGGGUUAUAUCUCAGUUAGAAGAUGGCCAUUUUUACUUGGAAGACUUGACUGCAUCCGUAGAAGUCAAUUUAUCCAAUGCAAAAAUUACUUCGGGGUUCUUCGUGGAAAACACCAUAAUUGUGGCAGAAGGUGUGAUGGUUCCUGAGGGUAUUUUUCAGGUCAAUACAUGUGGCUUUCCCCCUUUGGAGGACCGAGAUGUCUCACUUUCAUCACUUGUGGGACUUGACUUAUUUGGUGGUGGUGCUCUCUCAGCGGAAGAAACACUUAGACUUGCAGAACUGGAAAAGAAGGCAGUGAAUGAUAUGUUUGUUAUCCUUUCUGACGUUUGGCUUGAUAAUGGAGAGACCAUGAAAAACCUAGCUACUGUACUGGAUGGUUAUGAAAAUGUGGAGGUUGUUCCUUCUUUAUUUGUUCUGAUGGGGAAUUUCUGCUCUCACCCAUGUAACCUUGCCUUCCAUUCUUUUUCAAGUCUAAGAUUGCUGUUUGGAAAACUUGGAGAAAUGAUUGCAGCCCAUCCACGAUUGAAAGAACAGAGCCGAUUUUUGUUUAUUCCGGGUCCUGAUGAUGUAGGUCCAUCAACAGUUCUACCAAGAUGUGCUUUACCAAAAUAUUUAACUGAGGAGCUCCAGAAGCAUGUCCCAAAUGCCAUCUUUACUAGUAAUCCUUGCAGGAUCAAAUUUUAUACACAAGAAAUCAUAAUUUUCCGCCAAGAUCUACUUUAUCGAAUGCGUCGUUCCUGUUUGAUUCCUCCUUCAACGGAAGAAACCAGCGAUCUAUUUGAACAUCUUGUUGCUACGAUUACUCAUCAAAGCCAUCUUUGUCCUCUCCCUGUUACUGUACAACCCAUUAUCUGGAACUACGAUCACUGCCUGCAACUGUAUCCUGCUCCACACACGAUAGUGCUAGGUGAUAGCAGUGAGCAGAAAGCAUUCAAGUACACAGGUAUUACAUGUUUCAGCCCUGGUUCGUUUUCCAAUGACAGCACAUUUGUGGCAUACCGGCCAUGCACUCAGGAGGUGGAGUUGUCAGCCUUGUAAGAAGCCAAUUGAAUGAGGCCAUUAGGUUCUUUUUGGCUACUCACCCCCACCCUCCAAAACAUUUGCAGGCCCCCCAACAAGAGGAAUUGGACAACAUAUUCAUUAACAUGAAAGAUGGACAUAACCAUGGAAAUGAAAUUUGGUGGAUCUUAGACGUGGUGCAUGGGCAAGGCAUUCAAAAAUUCUUUUUCCUCGAGUAAAUGCAUUCAAUUUAUUGUAAUACUGUUACUUGUUUGAGUCUUCUAACAUUGGUUUAUUGACAAAUACUGAAUGUAAAUUUGCUUGGGGAAUUUGUAUUGUUAUUAUUUAUUAAUGUUAUUUUCUUUGGUUGGUGACA